AUGGCGCGCACGCACCAGCUAGCGCUUAACGUCCUGGCGGCACUGGACCGCGCCAAGACGCAGCGGUACCACCUCGCCGCCGCCGCCGUCCACGCCAUGCAAGGUGUCGGCGUCCUCCUCGGCUGUACCGUCGAGCUCGUCCUGUCCACGCCAUGCAAGGUGUCGGCGUCCUCGUCGGCGCAUUAUUGCCGGCCACGCUCAGCUUCUACCUGCGCCGGUGACCGCUCGGUACACGGCCGCGCUCGUCGCCCGGGACUCCAAGCAUGCGGCGGCGCCCGACAUGUCGAAGGUGCUGCUCGCCAGUAUCCAAGAACAGGAGCUCAGCGUCUCCGUUGGCGACGUCGACGCCGAGUGCGGCCUCUUGAAGACCCAUAUGGCCUCCACAUGCUAGCCACAUCGAUCGAGCGCGUGGUUCCUCCUCGACGCGUCCUACUUCAGCAAGAACAUUCUCCAGCAGGACCUCGCCGGAAAGUUUGGGUGGGUCUCCCACGCAAAUUCCCCGGCAGCCACCAUGGGCGCGCGCCGUCCAGGAGGUCUCCCAUCACGCCCGCACGCACGCUUUGCGGCACCAUUCCAGGGAGUAUUUUGUCGGUCGCUCUAAUCGACGUCCUCGGGCGGCGCCGCCUCCAGCUCGCCGGCUUCCUGCUGAGGACGCUUUCCAUGCUUGCACCACUCGCGGCGGCAUACAACCACUGGACGUCGCCCAUCGCCGGCUUCGUGGUGCCCUACAACGUGGCCUUCUUCUUCGACAGCGUUGGUCCCGGCACCAACGUUCGUCACGCCGGUAGAGCUCUUCCCAGCGCGGCUUCGGUGCACCUGCCAUGGCAUCGGCGCGGCGUCGGAUUUUUACCGGCGCUGACAGCAAGUAUGCGGCGAGCAUUGGCCCCCCAGCCCCCCAGAACGAGCUAUGCUUUGUUUAACCCGUCACAUCGAGUCUAG